CUGAAACUCGUGUCCAAUGCCAACGAGUAUUUGUGUUCUUCUCUAAAGAGCCUUAACAUGGCAACUUUCGCUUUAGGCUUACGCCGUAGGACGCGUUUAUCUCGUACCCAGAUUUUCCACGGUCAAGCGAAAGAGAGACUUUGUAUUUUAAAUCGAGACAUACGUACAGUUGUAAGCAACUUUUCUGUCUGGCGAUUGCUCAGAUGGAAAUCGUUUCCAUCUUAAAAAUUCGCCAUUUUUUCACAUUUUUACUUGUUCUUUGGUAGUAAUCGUACAUAUACAGUUUUUUAAGUAAGUGCCCUAAAGGUUUCUUGUUGUUUCACAAUUCAGAGAGAGCACUAUUGUAUUGUAACAUGAACGUUCGUCACGUUCUUGUGUCUCCGAAAUCAGUUAGUGGAAUUUGACAUGCUUUUUCUUGGCGAAGGUCUAAGACCAUUUUGUGCAAGAACUAAUCUUCUUGGUCACAUAUAAACCCUUUAAUUCUUAACUCUUGAAUUCUCAUUUGUUGUCCCUACAGGUUUGCUAUAAUAGUAAUUGGGAGAAGUUGUUAAAGAAUCUGUGUGAUCAUGUCCCUAAUUCUCAUAACAACCCUGUUUUAUAAAGGAGAGAUAUUAUUAGGAGAAAUUUGCUGCUGAUCACACUUAGGGCUUAAAGGGUUAAGCACAGUCAGGGCAUCACGUGACAAAAUCCUCAUAUUAAAAACUGCAAGGGGUGACAGGCCGCACAUCUUCACCGGCGUGAAACCUGUGAAAACCUUUUACAUAUUCCUUCAAUGAAGACAAUAACAACAACAAUCUUUAUUUGGUCUCACUCUUGCUAAACACUUAAUUACGACAAUGAAAAUAUUGGAAGUAAAAUUCGAGUACUGGGUGCCUGGAAUAACUAUAGGGGCUAGCGGGGCCAGAGAGAACUCUUUCAGGGAUUUUACACCUUAAAAGUUCUACGAUAGGUGGGCUGUUAUGCCUGUUAAGUUGAUACAGCUUCUAUAAAGCCGACCAAAGAAAGGCUCAGUGCAUUCUAUAUGCAGCAGAGGAAAAAUGCAACAGACAAUUUAAUCAGUUUGUCUGCUUUCUGUUCAAUUUUAUGUCCGUUUUAUAAGAUAUGUCUGCUUAAAAUCGCGUGAAAGUAAUUAUGAUCAUUUUCCAUAGCUGCUGUUAUUUUAAGUAUCCGCUUUUAAUAUCUCCUUACAGUUGAGGUUUACGCCACCUCAGAGCACGAUGUUUAGCUGUGCACAGCAUACAUUCUUUAAAUAUGUCCAGAUUAGACUCUGGGUAUUUAUCGCACCUCUGGUGGAAGCAUUAUUUAAAUACGUUAUAAUGCUGUGUCCUUUGAAUGUCGUUUUUUCACUCAAUCUCUUUGUGAAUGUGACUGUAGUUUAUUAGUUUUAAAAGCUCGAUAUUUAAAAUACCAUAGCAUUUACUUUGUUUACCGAUCAACUGACUGGCUUCUUUGUGCUACUAGCAAAACCGUGGUUUGGAAUCUUACGAUUCGCAUCAGUUGGUAUGUAGUUGGAUGGUUGAGGUGAACUCUGAACCAUUCCGUACUGUUAGCUGUGAUUUGGUAGGCGUUUAUACAUGCACCCUGGAUCGUUUGGAGGAUCGAAAAUGGUGCGGUUUGAUUGGCCCCUUGACAGCCAAUCAGGUUGCUGUAGUUUCGAUCCGUCUUUCCUGAACGCUUUAGACACUAGGUUGCGUUUUUAUUAAGGAUAAAAUUUGGAAAAAAUAAGAGUCGUGCCUUCCUUUUAUUUAAAGUAUAUAAACAUAUCGUUUAAAUGUAUAUCAUGUAUGAUUGUUCCUCGAAGUGGCAAGGGAUAAUGAGUGAGUAACUGUAACGGAUGUCGGCGUGGAACCGUUGAGAAUGUUGAGAAGUUUAUUAGCCAGGUCUCGUUUCACAAUUUAUCAACAUCAGUUCCAGUUUCUAACAAAAUAGUCUGUUUCGUUUUACAUUUCUCAUUUUUUUUGCACCAAAAUAAGUCCAUUGGUUUCCUUACCAUAUUUCGUUUUGCAGACCUCACAAAAUACACUGGAAAGACUUUCAGUUCAAACUACCCGAAGCUUUAA